AAUAUAAUCAUUCCCAUGUAUCCCAGCGGGUUAUUACACACCAAAAUGGCCGACGAUGAUGACAAUGAUCCCACGUGCACGUUUUCUAGUCUAGGCUUAAAUAACUGGCUCGUCAAACAGUGCAAUGCUGUUGGAAUAAAAAGCCCGACAGAGAUUCAACAAAAGUGUAUUCCACCAAUCUUGUCCGGACGUGAUUGCAUUGGCUGUGCUAAAACUGGUAGUGGAAAAACGGCUGCGUUUGCUUUACCCAUACUUCAAAAACUCUGCGAAGAUCCUUAUGGAAUAUUUGCUGUUAUUCUCACACCUACUCGGGAACUGGCAUAUCAAAUCUGCGACCAAUUCAGAGCACUUGGAAAACCCAUUGGCCUUAAGGAGGCUGUAAUUAUCGGUGGCCUGGACAUGAUGAAACAAUCAUUGAUACUUGCCGAGAAACCUCAUGUUGUCAUAGCGACUCCUGGGAGACUGGCUGAUCAUCUUAAGAGUACAGAUACCUUUGACCUGAAGAAAAUCAAAUUUUUAGUUCUGGAUGAAGCUGACAGACUCCUAGAUCCUUCAUUUAGUGAUGAUCUUCAGGUGAUUUUUGACAAUGUUCCAACAGAAAGACAGACAUUACUUUUCAGCGCUACUCUUACAGAUACUCUUCAAGAACUGAGAGAGAUGUCAAGCAAUGAUCCAUUUUACCAUGAAGUGAAGUCUGAUAUAAAAACAGUCACUGAACUUGAUCAGAGAUACAUUCUUGCUCCAGCCAGUGUGCGAGACUCCUAUCUCAUUCAUGUUUUGCGAGAGCAUGGAGAAAAUAAAUCAGUAAUCAUCUUCACGCAUACGUGUAAGAAUUGCCAAACGCUAGCAAACAUGCUCUGGAAGUGUGAGCUGCCUUGCGUGGCUCUCCAUUCAUUGAAAUCGCAAGGGGAACGGCUUGCAGGCUUGGCCACGUUCAAGUCAGGUAUAGUCAAGAUUCUUGUAGCUACUGAUGUAGCAAGUCGCGGGUUGGACAUUCCUCAAGUAGAACUUGUGAUUAACAGUAAUGUGCCGGCGUCUCCGAAGGACUACAUACAUCGCGUGGGACGAACAGCAAGAGCUGGGCGUGGUGGAAUGGCGAUAACACUCGUAACGCAGUAUGAUGUGGAUAGGGUGAAACAGAUCGAAGCUACCAUCAAUACCAAGCUUGUCGAGUUUGAAACUAAUGAAAAUGAGGUUCUGCCAUUGUUGAAGGCUGUGAUGGUGGCUCGAAGGGAGGCGGAGUUGAAAGUCAGAGGUAGUGCUGUGUUAGAAAAGAGAUUGAUAAAUAAGAGAAAGAAACUGAUUCAGGAAGGGAAAGAUCCUGAUAUGAAGGCAUCAAGAAGGAAACGAAGAAAAUACAAAAAGGAGAGGAACUAACAAUAGAUUUAAACAUUAUAGCAUUGCUGAAGGAGAGAGAAGUAGGAAAAGAGAGAGAGGCAUUUGAUUUGAAGUUGGAUAGCCUCUGGUUAAGGUCUCAUUUGUCUGCCAGAGAGAGCUUACUUUAACCAUCUCAUUCCCACGAUCAAAACAUCGAUUCUCCGCAAGGGGAAAGGCGUUGAGAGGCGAAACAGUUAAUAAAUGAGGUCUUUAGCUGAGCUGGAUGUGAAAUCGUUAGUGAGUUAUCAGUGUAGCACCCAUUUCUAUUAAAUUUUGUACUGUUAAUGGAACACAAGUACCAUUUACAAAUGCUGCAUUGCACUUGAACAGUUGACCCAUAUGUAGCUUGGCCUUAUUACAGUAACGAUACCGAUAUCUGACCAUUUAAAGUCGAGCCGACAGUAAAUUAUCAAAUUAAACAUUUUGAUUGCUUAUCCUUCGAAACAGCAACACAAAUUGUCGAUCGCAAAAGACUGCUGUUGCAUUUAAACC